UUCAUUUUUCUGUAUACAAAACGAUUACAGUCAAUGCAUUUUGUCUGUAGUAUCAUCACAGGCAUGGAGACUAUGGAUGGAAGAAAGAGCAUUGGAAGUAACGGACACCAUGUUAGGUGACUCUUACACUGUUUCUAAGGUUCUACGCUGCAUUCAUGUGGCUUUGCUAUGUGUUCAAAAACGACCAGGAGGACAGGCCAGAUAUGUCAUCAGUGGUUCUAAUGUUGGGCAGUGAGAAUCCAUUGCCUCAACCAAAACUUCCUGGUUUUUACACCCAAAGGAAUCUACCAGAAGAAGAGGUUUCAUCAAGCCAGUACGAAUCUGUUUCAGUAAAUGACGUAACAAUUUCAAAGAUGCAGGGACGGUAGAGCAUCAUCACUUGAAAUAAAAAUGUUAAACAUAAAAGUGGAAGGCUAGUCUAUGUAAUGUAAUAGUAAACAUCCUGGAUAUCAUUUUCUUGGCAGUAAUGAGCUAAGAAAAUUGUGUAGCAUGU